GGUGCAGAAAAUAACUUCCCCUUCCAUGCUCCCCUGCCCUUUUCUCUGGUCUCGACAUGUCACAUCGGGUCGGACCAGUCCGCUCAGCGGUCAAUACACCCGAUCCAACUCCUCGUUACCCGCGCGCAACGUUUGCCCAGCAAUUACUGCCACGUGUCCUCUCCCUACUAGCCAUCCUCACAUGGAAUCCUAUGCGGCUAUGCCCCUCCACUCUCUACCCGCACCAGCGACCGUUUUCCGCCUUCACACUCCAUGCCGUUACUGCCGCACCCUCACUCACUCUCUCUCUCCCCUUUAUUUAUUUGCACAAAGAAAGCGGUGUAGAGCGAGACAGUAAUAAAGAUAGAGAAAGAAGGGGGAAGAGAGAGAGAGAGAGAGAGAGAGAGUUACCUCGCUCUAAAGUCUAAACUAAACAUUCGCGCCAUUGCAUCGCCUCCUCCACCAUUCUCUCUCUCUCUCUCUCAUACGCUUUCUCUGGAAGCUUCGUUGGGUCAACAAUGGCGUCGCCGCCGCGGCCUCGUCCAGUGCUACUGCUGCUGCUCCUCCUCCUCGCCGUCGGAGCGGCGGCGCUCCGCCUCUCCGCAGCCGCGCACGAUUACGCCGACGCCCUCCACAAGAGCAUCCUCUUCUUCGAGGGCCAGCGCUCCGGCAAGCUCCCCGCCGACCAGCGCAUCUCCUGGCGCCGCGACUCCGCCCUCCGCGACGGCGCCGCCGACGGGGUGGAUCUAACGGGAGGGUACUACGACGCGGGGGACAACGUGAAGUUCGGGUUCCCGAUGGCGUUCACGACGACGCUGAUGGCGUGGGGCAUCAUCGACUUCGGGCGGAGCAUGGGGCCCCACCUGGCGGAGGCGACGCGCGCGGUGCGGUGGGCCACGGACUACCUCCUCAAGGCGACGGCGGUGCCCGGCGUGGUCUACGUCCAGGUCGGGGACGCGUCCCGCGACCACGCGUGCUGGGAGCGCCCCGAGGACAUGGACACCCCCCGCACCGUCUACAAGGUCGACCACGCCCACCCCGGCUCCGACGUCGCCGCAGAGACCGCCGCCGCCCUCGCCGCCGCCUCCAUCGUCUUCCGCUCCUCCGACCCCUACUCCCAGCGCCUCCUCGACCGCGCCGUCGCCGUCUUCGAGUUCGCGGAUACGCACCGGGGCGCGUACAGCUCGAGCUUGCACGACGCGGUGUGCCCGUUCUACUGCGAUUUCUCCGGAUAUCAGGACGAGCUGCUGUGGGGCGCGGCGUGGCUACACAAGGCGUCGAGGAAGCGGGAAUACCGAGAGUACAUCAAGCGGAACGAGGUCGUGUUGGGGGCGAGCGAGUGCAUUAAUGAGUUCGGCUGGGACAACAAGCACGCCGGUAUUAACGUCCUCAUCUCCAAGGAGGUUUUAAUGGGGAAGGACGAUUAUUUCCAAUUUUUUAGAGCGAACGCGGAGAACUUCAUCUGCACCCUUCUUCCGGGGAUAUCCAGUCACCCUCAGAUUCAGUAUUCGCCAGGUUUAUAA